AUGCCUUAUAUGAACAGCACACUGCACUAUCACGAACAACUCCGGACACUGGGCGAAGCCCUCGCCGAAACCCUCGAUGUCAGCUCAGACGAGGAAUAUAGCUCCGCAAGGGAAGAUCAAGAUGAAGACAUGACGCAGUUUUACCACGAUAUGAUCCGAGAGAUAGGCAACCAGCUCAAUAAAGCGAGGAAGAUCGAACAGGCCAAGGAGGCCAUGUCCAAGCCUGCACACGGAGACUUCGAUGUCUAUCUUGGUGUGCCGAAGACACCUUACCACGAUAAUGACUGCGAUUGUGAGGUGAUCCUCCAUGAAAGAGGAGGAGAGGAGCUUUGCAGGAGCUUCUAUACUGUAGGUGUCGAUGUUGGUGAGACGGGGGAGAAGAAUGUCUAUAGAAAGCAGCAGCGGCCUGCGUUUGUGCUGGAUGGGGAAGACCAUCACCAGAAGUGCAACAAGAUGACAGAGAAGCUGUGGGUUGGGUUCAUGAGGGCUGAUGCGUCUGAGACAUUCGUGUGUGUUUAUAAAAUCAUUGAAGCGAAGGAGCCCAGGGCGUUUGCUUGUAAGCUCUUGGUUAGAUGUGCGAAGGAGGGAAUCCUCCCGGUGACAGUCGGGGCUAGGGCUAUCAAUCGUGUCUUGGAGUUGUUGGAUGAGCUGGCAGAGAUCAAGUCUGCGGAUUCUUCUAGGACAUUUUCCAGUGCCAUUUCUGUGGCUGAUGCAUGA